CCAUAGUUUCUCACACUCUCCCAUGCGGGUAACUUGAGGCAGGCAGACUCGGAGGCGCGCAUCCAAUUACUGUAACCCUCUUCCACACCUACCCAAACGAUGUCAUCCAAAAAGUCAAACACGAACAGGUCCAAACAGUCGAAGAAUGACCCAAAUGCUCAGCAACCCUCUUCUGAACCCAAGGCCUCGCUGGACGACAAUGUGAGCCAACUGCUGGGCGUCACAAUAGCGGCCAUCAAUGUUACGAAAGACCUCGUACCCAUCAACCUGGCGAAAGGUAUCCUUGGGACGAUCGCAAAUAUCUUGAUUAUUGCGCAGUCAGUGAUCAAGAACAAGUCCGAUUUCCUAGCGAUAGUCGACAGGUGCGAGACUAUCAGGAGAGUCCUUGCAAGGGCCACCAAAGACGCUACCGCAGCAGAUAUGCAAGGGUCUUUGGGGGAUGCUUUAUCGCAGCUUAACAUCUCAGUGAACCGCAUCAACAGUGAAGUAGCCUCAAGAAAGGAACAAGGAUUUUGGAAGAAACUCUUUUUUGUUGCGAUAGAUCGUGACCAGAUUGCUGGAUGGGAAAAGGACUUGGAUCGUGUCCUCGUACUAUUCAGCACCGAAGCGAUUGCUGGCAUCGCGAUCAGAGUGGAAAAGCUAGCUCUGGGACCGCAGGACAAUGCUAAUGGGAUCGACGGCCUAAAUUGUCGCCAACCUAUGCCUCCAUCACGUCCUUCCAUGUUGUAUGGUCGCGAUGAUCUCGUCGCAGAGUUGACGAACCUCGUCGUCAGUGAUGAGCAUAUUGCGUUGAUCGGUCCGGGAGGCAUGGGAAAGAGCUCUCUCGCCAAGGCCAUCCUCAACGAAUCACUUGUCAUGGAGAAAUUUGCUCAUAGGCGCUUCUUCGUGACAUAUGAUGGCCUCGAUCCUUCCACCAUUACGUUUGACACUUUUAUGACUCGUUUCGCGGGAGUUCUUGGCAUACAGCUUGCUGGAGCUGAUCCUGUAGGUCAAAUAUCUUCCUUUCUUUGUUCCGCUAGCGCCCUCAUUGUCCUCGAUAAUGCUGAGACCUUCGAAGAGGCCAGUGGAUCAUCGGCGCUCACGGAAAUACCACCAGCUAUUGCCGAUAUCGCAGACAUCCCCGGCGUCGUUCUGAUUCUUACGUCGCGUAGUAGAAGGAAUGCACCGAAUGUACGAUGGAUAACGAAGGAUAUUCCACCACUGGACUUGAGCUCCGCUCAAGCGGUGUUCUUUCAAAUAUAUCAUCACGCCGGUCGUAGCGAUGCUGAAGAAGACAUCAAGGAUCUGCUUAGGGAAUUGGAUUUUCACCCCCUUUCCAUCAACCUACUCGCAAAUGCUGCUCAGCAAAAUGGCUGGUCUCCGGCGACACUGCUAAAGAGAUGGGACAACAGACACAGCGCAGUACUAAACCACGGCAAGGGGAAGCUGCAAAGCUUGUCGCUCACCAUGGAGCUAUCGCUGAGCUCGCCGUCGGUCCAGGAACUCGGAGAGGAUGGUCGGCGUGCUCUGGUCGCCAUCGCUUUCUUGCCCCAGGGCCUCAACGAAACGCUGGCUAGCGAUUUGUUGCCGUUGCUCCUGCAAAUCGACACUAUAUGUGAUGUCCUAUGCAGGCAAUCUCUCGUUUACCGUCAAGGCAGCUUCAUCAAGAUGCUCGCGCCCAUUCGACAUUUUGUCCGAGAUUCGUUUCUACCACCUGAUAGCACUUGUUUGCAAGGAAUACGUGCCUUCUACUAUUGUACUGUUCGAGGGUGUUCAGAAGAACGCAAUCACCACGCUGAUAUCAUUAUCUCGGAUCACCUAAACAUUGAGCAUAUAGUUUCCUUCGACCUUGCACACGUCCCGGACGGCGCGGACGAGACUUAUGACGUUUGCUGGCAGUUCUUGUCGUGC